GGUGCUUCCUGAAAUUAGAGAAACUGCAAAGACUCCCAUUGAUUUCUAUAGCAUUUGCGGCUACAAGGCUGGCGAUUUGAACAAUAGCAGCACAAGCCAUGCUUGCUUGUACUGAAGUGGUAAAAUCUUCCAGCCUUGACAAGCUCAGAAGAAUCGGGAAUCUGCAGAUGUUCAGGGAUAAUGUACAAUACAGCCUGUUAUUUUGAUACUUUCUUCUUCUAUGUGAAGUUGGAUUAAUAAUGACCAUCCUGUUACUUCACUUGAUAUCUGGUUAUGUUGGUAUAGUACAACUACAGAAUGAACAUAUCUGCAGUUUUCAAUGCUCUACUUGUUUCUAUCCUGGCUGCAGUUCUUUGGAAGCAUGUGAAGUUAUUGGAACAGUUCUAUGCUAUAGAGGAAGAGCUAGAUCUUACCAGCCAAACCCAAGAGCUGUCUCAGGUUCGAAUUGAUUACCAGGCAGCCUUGCAAGCUCUUGUGGAAGAUGGCACUAGAAUGCUGUGCACUGGUAGGAUGCAUACAGAUCGUGUGUGUCGCUUUGAAUCACUUUGCUAUUCAACAGAAGCUGAAGAGUUUGUCUUCUUUCAUAGCAAUUCAUCAGUCAUGUUACCCAGUUUGGGCUCUAGAAGAUUCCAACCUGCAUUGCUUGAUUUGUCUUCAGUAGAUGAUCACAACACUCAGUAUUUCAACUUUGUAGAACUUCCAGCUGCUGCUUUAAAGUUUAUGCCUAAACCUGUCUUUGUGCCAGAUGUUGCUCUUAUAAUGAACAGAUUUAAUCCUGACAAUCUGAUGCAUGUUUUUCACGAUGAUCUUCUUCCCAUAUUUUACACCAUGCAGCAAUUUCCAGACUUGGACUUGGAAUCUCGACUUUUCUUUAUGGAAGGUUGGAAUGAAGGUUCACAUUUUGAGCUAUACAAGUUCCUGAGCAACAAGCAACCCCUUUUAAAAGGACAACUUAAAACUCUAGGAAGGCUUCUUUGUUUUACUAAAUCGUAUGUAGGGCUGUCUAAAAUCACUACGUGGUAUCAGUAUGGCUUUGUGCAACCACAGGGUCCUAAGGCAAAUAUAUUAGUUUCAGGGAACGAAGUAAGACACUUUGCAAAAUUCAUGCUGGGUAAGUUAAACAUCAGUUCAGAUGAAUCCACAUCUGAAAAUUAUAUUGUAUUAUUCAGCCGAACAGUAAAUAGACUUAUUAUAAAUGAAGCAGAGCUGCUGUUGGCUCUUGCUCAGGAGUUUCAGAUGAAAACAAUUACUGUAUCUCUUGAAGAUCAUUCAUUUGCAGAUAUUGUACGCUUGAUCAGCAAUGCCUCAAUGCUUGUGAGUAUGCAUGGGGCUCAGCUUAUCACAUCUCUCUUCCUUCCGAGGGGUGCUGUUGUAGUAGAGCUGUUUCCUUAUGCCAUAAAUCCUGAACACUACACACCAUAUAAAACACUGGCAAUGCUUCCAAGUAUGGACCUCCAGUAUGUCACUUGGAGGAACACAGAAGAGGGAAAUACAGUAACUUAUCCAGACAGACCAUGGGAACAAGGUGGGAUCAUGCACUUGGAUGCAACUGAGCAGGAGCGCAUCAUAAAAAACAAAGAAGUUCCACGUCAUCUUUGCUGCCGCAACCCUGAGUGGCUUUUCCGCAUAUAUCAGGACACAAAAGUGGACAUUUCAUCCCUUAUCCAAAGCAUCAGACAGGUUGUAAAAACAAAACUUGGUUCUAGAAAGCAAAAAUGGACAAAUGGGUUGUAUCCUGGGAAAGUUAGGGAAUCUAGAUGUCAGGCUUCUGUCCAGGGUACAAGUGAGGCCAAGUUGUCUGUAUCUUGGCAGAUCCCCUGGAAUCUGAAGUAUUUGAAAGUCAGGGAUGUGAAAUAUGAAGUAUGGAUACAGGAACAAGGAGAAAAUUCUUAUAUGCCUUAUAUCUUAUCUCACCAGAACUACACAUUUUCAGAAAAUAUUAAACCUUUUACAACUUACUUGGUAUGGAUCCGCUGCAUAUUCAAUAAAAAUCUCCUUGGACCGUUUGCAGAUGUUCUAAUGUGCAGCACAUAAAAUGAAAUGUCAUGAACAAAUAAUUUCUACGUAUAUAUGUAAUAUAUAUGUGACCCAUGUUGGCCUAAUCUUAGAAUGCCAAAGAGGUGUUUACACCAUUGGCAAUGCAGAUUUUGUAUUUGUUUUGCAAUAUUUAUACAUUUUAUAUCUUCAUUUUCAUUUGGAAUUAUUUUUUUUUGUAAUUUUUAGACAAAUUAAAUUUAAAAGUGGCAAUGUUUAGCUAAAUUAAAAAACAAAAAAAUACCACAAUGGCAAACUUCUGUUUGUAUAUAAGAUAUUAUUUCUGUAAUUGAAUUUAAUGUAUUCAUAUAGAGAAGUGUGUGGUUUGUUGUUUGUAUUCUUACUGAUAUGGCUAAGGCCAUAUAUCUAGAUUCUCUAAUCCAGCUAUUUAAAUUAUUAAUGCAAUAAGGUGGGCAUGCAUAGUUAGAAUUGACUGCAUAUUGAUAUAUUUUGUCAUUAAAUAAUAUUUAUUAACUUAUUUGUAAAAUGUUUUCCUCUCCUUGAGUAAUAAUAAUCUUUUCAUAUUGUUUAUUGUAGGUGUCCAGUUUUAGAUUAAUAUUUGCUGGGACAUUAUAUCACAACAAAUAUGAAUCUUAUUUUAAUAAUACUGUACUGUGAAGUGAUAAUUACUUACAGAAACAUUAAACUUAAAAAUGGUUAAUUAUGUACUGUAAAAAAAGAAGUUUAUGCACUAAUUAUUUUUUACAGUUUCCCAGUAAUUUAGCUCUUAAAGUUGUGCUUUUUUCACUGUCCCCAAUAAGCUGUAAUCCAUUCUGUAGUAUUCAAACACUUGAACCAGCAAUAUUCUACGUACUGAUUGGUAAGAUUAGUGUAGGAGCUCAUUUAUAUCUGUCCCUAAUUGGUUACAGUAGAGAAGAUGCUAUAAACAUACUCAAGAGUCAGUUUUUGUUGUUGCAGGAAUUCAAGACAAAGCAAGUUUUAACAUUUAAAUAAUAAUAAUUUUGAAAAGCAUUUAUUGUUGAUCCUUUUGCAGUUUUUCAUAUUAUAUAUAGCUGGUUCAUAGUGUGUGUGUGAAAAAUAAAAAAAGUUUUAUUUUGUGACUUGUCUCAGGAAGGGACUGCUGUAGCCCUAAAAUGUCAGAAAAUAAAGCCAUUUUUGUUUUUAAAA